AUGUAUCUCCAGUUAGAUGAUUUGACGGCACUUGUAACAGGCGGAACCAAAGGCAUAGGUCGUGCGAUUGUCGAGCAACUCCUAGAAGAAGGAUGUAACGUCUCCUACUGUGCCAGAUCAGUGCAGAAGGACGGCAUCGCCCCGCAUACCACCGAGUCCGGCAAAGCGAGAGCCAUUGGCACUGCUCUGGACGUUGCAGACAAGGCGGCUAUGGAAGCAUGGGUACAGGACACCGCCGAGAUAUUCGGUGGUGUCGACAUCGUAAUCAGCAAUGUGUCGGCUCUGGGCAUCCCUUCCACUCCGGAGAACUGGCAGGCGUCCUUCAACGUCGACAUGAUGGCGUUCGUGAAUCUGGUCGAGGCAAGCUUACCGUACUUGCGCAAGUCCAAGGCCGCUGCCAUUGUCUCUGUGUCGUCCGUCUCAGGCAGGGAAAUUGACUUCACUGCUGCAGGCCCGUACGGCGCCUUCAAGGCCGCCGUGACCCAUUAUACCCAGCAACUGGCGUACACCUUAGCACCGGAGGGCAUUCGCUCAAAUUCUGUGAGUCCUGGAAAUACGUUCUUCGAGGGAAGCGUAUGGGACGACGCCCAAAGAAACAACCCCGAGCUGUAUGAGAAGGCGCUGGCGCUCAACCCCAUGAAGCGCAUGGCAACGCCAGAGGAAGUAGCAAAGGCGGUGGUAUUCCUUGCGAGCCCUGCGAGCUCCUUUACAUCGGGCACGAACCUAGUCGUCGACGGCGCCCUCACCCGCGGCGUGCAGCUCUGA